UUUGCUCCACAUUGAAUUCUACUUUGCAGAAUGUAGCAGCCUCUCCUUCUGCCAAGAUGUUUAGAAUGAAGAGAUUUAUGCAGAGGUUCUGGAUUCUCCUGCAUGUGUGCCUAUCUACUAUCGUUGGUAAAAUCUGCAUGUUCUUCUUCCCAGGUACUGUGAAGAGCUAUCUCCUGAAGCACAGAGAAAAGAGUGGCAUGGGAGACAACAACCCAACAUUCAUCUAUGAAAAUUGGGGUCCAACUUUCUUCAGCUUCUCCUACUUACUCUUUGUCUUGAAAGUCAAAUGGAAAAGGCUGGAAGAUGAAGCCUUUCAGGGCUCUUCUGCUCCUAAUACCCCCGUAGCAGAUCUCAGAGGGAAAAUGCAUUGCAUUCUGGAUUUCAUGCAAGGUAACAGGCCUUUGGUCCUAACAUUUGGAAGUUGUACCUGACCUUCAUUCAUAAUUAGAUUCGGCGAGUUUAAUAAACUUGUUGAAGAUUUCAAAUCUGCAGCAGACUUUCUUGUAAUCUACAUUGAAGAAGCUCAUGCCUCAGAUGGAUGGGCCUUUAAGAACAAUAUUGUUAUUAAAAGUCACCAAACCCUUCAAGAUCGUAUAAUGGCUGCACAGAUGCUCCUAAAACAGCUACCCUUAUGUCCAGUGGUGGUAGACACAAUGGAAAACCUGAGCACUAACAAAUAUGCAGCUCUGCCAGAGAGACUGUAUGUGCUUCAAAAGGGAAAAGUUGUGUAUAAGGGUAAACCAGGACCUUGGAAUUAUUGCCCGCAAGAAGUACGUGAAUUUUUGGAACAACUUUACAUGUAAAAGAACACCUCAAAGCAACCUGUUUCUGAGCAGCACUUACACUCCAUUGCCUGAUUACAUUUUUAAAACAUAUUUUUAUUUACAAAGGGCUGUAUUUAUUUGAAAAGAUAAUGGUGAAAACCUUACAUCAUUAUUCAGCAGUCAUGAACUCUCAAUUAAAAAAUAACAUAAGAUCUAUUUAUUCUAUUUACCCUGGAUUAUCUGCCAAUGCUAAUCUUCAUUCUUGUAAUUGCCAGUGGUAGAUACACAAACUGCUUUAUAAAUUUGAAAUAUAUCUUUGUGGUGAAUUUUUUAAUGAAGCCAUUCAAUUGAUAACAUGAUGGGUUGCUUUAUAUAUAACAGCCCCUAGAUCAGGGGUGUCAAAUUCACAUUGUUACGUCAUCAUCAUGUGACAUAAUGUGACAUUUUCCCCUUCGCUAAACCGAGAGUAGGUGUGGCCAGCAUGUGACACGUCUGGCCCAUGGGCUGCGAGUUUGACACCCCUGCCUAAGAUAGUCAAACAGAGCAGUGCAACAGUGUAAUUUCUCAAUUAUAUUUCUUCUAUAAGAGCUGUAUUUGGAAUUGUUAGUCUGUGGAUCUGAACAGAAGCAGUCUUUGUACAGAAUCAAAUUUCUGGAGAACAUUGGUGCAGAACCAACUGACAUUUGGAACAGACAAACAUGCAUGAUUGUUCUCAUGGAACUCCUAGCAUGGGCAGAUGCAUUGGAUCCUUUGAACUCAAACCACUUAAGGACAGAAGCACAAUCACAUCCAGUUUUAAAUGUGUCUGCAAAGAAGAACUUUCUGAAUGGAAUAGCUGUAAUAAUUUUCUUACUUUUGUUUCUAUUAAUAUUUGUUUAUGAUAGUCAUAGUUUAAAACAUAGAGAACUAUGACCUGAUAUGGAAAAUAUUUAUAGAAACAAGAUGCAAUAUUAAACUUGGUCCAAAAAUCUUUGUCCAGCUUGAACUUGUUUUCUUUAAAUAUUGUAUCAUCUUAUAAUACAGAUAAAAUGGUGGAGUGGAACCUGGUGGUCUAAAAGGAAAGAUUGCUUCAGACUAAAUUAACUCUAUUUCUUAUAAAUUCAGAUGCACUGAAUAUAUUGGACAACAUAACAGAGGGUUUGAGGAAUGAACAUUCUUGUGUAUUACUUUAUUUCAGCUAUAAUAUACUGUACAUCAUCAUAUAAAUAAUUAUCAGUUUAAAUAAUGUUCAUUGUUGAAUUUUUUUUUACAAUUUCAGUUGAAAAGAUUAAAUACCAACUGCAGUUAGUAUACUUAGUCAUUAAUGCCCGCUACAUUUUUAAAAAGGUUUAAUGUUUAAUAUGUUAUAAUCUGAAUAUUGCAUUUAACUUUCAUGCGACAAUCCUUCUGCUAUCACCCUAUGAACUGACACAAAAGCAUCAGAAGCAGAUAAAAUGAUGAUUCGAAGAUAUGUUGCUUGGAUCUCAGGAAA